AGUACAUACAUGUACUUGUACACCGUAGGUACAGGUAGUUCUACCCCUCCUCCGAUUCCUCCCCCCUCCGUACAAGGCUGGCCUUUAAAAUUACUUUCCAACACUUACCGGUAUGCAUCCAAGCUUGAGAACCCUACUAAGAAUUUAAUAGUCCGACGACUCCCCCCAGCUGAUAGUUAUUGUGUAUUCGACCUCCGGCCACGUGCAAAGGUGCAACGCAACAGCUUGACCCCUCCGCCAGCAGGUGGGGCCGGGUCUCCUGAUAACGUUAGCCGAUUGCGAUAAGCCCAAAAAUCCAAAUUUGUGGAUGGUGCCUUUGGCCCGGGUGCGGGACAGAGAGGCCUUCAAUCCAAUACACCACGCGAAUUCCAAAGCCCAGUUGACUGUACAGCAAAGCAAUGGCACCAACGAAGCCCAAAAAUAAGUCGCAGAAGGACAAGGCGAGAGAACGAGCCCGAGCGAAGGCGGCCGCUUCGCAGAACUCAAGCGUAAACGCACGAGAGCUCCUCAACCAAGCCACCGCGUGCCUCGAGGAAGGAGACGCCGAGACUGCGGCAAGGAUAGCGCGUAAUGCCUACAAGCAUAUUGGGGAGGAUGGGAGGCAGGCUGGUGCCGCGCUGUCACUCCUCGGCCAAAUACAUGUCGAGUUAGGGGAAGUCGACGCUGCUCGCGCCUUCUUCGCCGCGGCAGUGAAAGUGGAUGAGGACGGUUCGCUCCCGGAAGACCUCGGCGGCGGGCCUGAGAAGUUUUUAUGGUUAGCGCAGCUCAGCGAGGAGGGCGGCCACGACAGUGUCUCAUGGUUUGAGCGCGGUGCCACUACCUUGCGAUCCCAAAUACAGACACUCUCCGAGUCGCUUGGCUCACGGCCCUUGACGCGCGACGCACAGGAGGCAGUCAUAGCUGAGAAGCGGAAGAGACUGGCUGAAACGUUGUGUGCCGUGGUGGAGGUCUACAUGACGGAUCUUAGCUGGGAGGAGGACGCAGAACAGCGGUGCGAGGCUCUUAUCACCGAGGCGACCAUGCUCGCGCCCGAAUCCGCCGAGACAUGGCAGACAGUGGCCAAUGUUCGCAUCUCUCAGGCCAGGACAGAAGAGGCCCAGGAAGCUUUGAAGCGGAGUUUAGGACUGUGGACCGACCUCGCGCCAGAAGAUCCUGCAGUGCCGGCCUUCCCCUCCAGGGUCAGCCUGGUCAGACUGUUAAUCGAGGUCGAGAUGGAGAAGCAGGCAAUGGAAGUCACCGAGCGCCUAAUAGCGGAGGACGACCGAAGCGUGGAGGUCUUGUAUCUCGGUGGAUAUGCCAGGUACAUAUUAGGCAACAAGUUGAAGAGCCAGGGGCAAGCUUCCGGUACCGAGGCCUGGAAAGCCUUCUGGAAGUCCGCCAGGAAAUGGCUUGCGCAGUGCUUGAAAGUCUUCCGGCGAGAAGAAUACGAAGAUGAAAGGUUAGGGGAGCACGCCCAGGAUUUGCUCAACUCAAUCAAAAGCGAGCUGGGCGAGGCAGCCGAAGAUGCCGAAGAUGAAGACGCGUGGGAAGAUACGGAUGAAGAAGAGUGGGGGGGUGUCGACGACGACGAGGAUGAUACAGAGAUGCAAUAGUCACGACGGCCUCAUACUUUCGCACGGGUGUGUGGGAAGUCAUCAAACGAUUACGGACUGCUUUACGACAGCCAGCUCUGCGGUUUAUCUCACGGUUUGGCGGGGACUAUGCAUGUCAGGCUUUAAAG